GCUUCCUAAGGCGCGUGUGAGCGGUGUUUGCGGUGCCCGAGCCGCUCGAGGUCACCGUGUGCGCCGACUGCCCGUGGGAGCCCCCCUCCGGCGGCGCCCGCCGCAUGCCUGCCAGGUUUUUCUUUAACUCAAAAACUAAUGCCAGUGAAGGUUCAUUGAAACAAGGUGGUUCAUAGAAGCUAGCUUGACUGAAGAAAUUUGCUAAUUAUUGUACUUCAUAUUGGAAGUAGAAGUCUUUAAGCAGUUUUGAUGGCAGAAAGAAGAAGGUCCUACAGUGUAAUGGAGGAACCCAUGGGACCUGAUGGACAAAAAUGGGCUGCUAUGGAUCCAGAAGAACGAAUGUUAGUGGCUGCUGCAGCCUUUACCCAUAUCUGUGCAGGGCAGGGUGAGGGAGCUGUCAGGAGAGAAGCCCAGUCUAUCCAGUAUGAUCCCUACAGUAAGGCUUCAGUAACCCCAGGAAAGCAACCUGCUCUUCCCGUGCAACUACAGUACCCCCAGGUAGAAAAUAAUGACAUUUCAGAAACAGUCUCAGAGGCCUCCCAAAAACUCCGGAAACCAGUGAUGAAGAGAAAGGUGCUGCGUAGGAAGCCGGGUGGGGAAGUAUUAGUGACAGAUGAGUCAAUUAUCAGUGAAUCAGAGUCUGGUACAGAGAGUGAUACAGAUCUCUGGGAUUUAAGACAAAAGCUGAUAAAUCUGCAGUUCCAGGAAGACAGGGAGUUCCCUGAGGAUACUUCACAGAAAUAUAAUCUUGCACAUGAAUACCAAGGAAUUUCUCAAGAUCAGCUCAUUUGCUAUCUACGAAGAGAAGGCAUGGGCCCUCCAGCUUAUGAACAAGACCUGAUUGUUGCCAGCCGACCCAAGUCCUUUAUUCUCCCAAGGCUGGACCAGUUAAGUCGAAACCGGGGCAAGGUAGACCGGGUAGCCCGAUAUUUUGAGUACAAACGAGACUGGGACUCAAUGCGGUUACCUGGUGAAGAUCACAGGAAGGAAUUACGAUGGGGUAUCCGAGAGCAGAUGCUUUGUCGAACAGAGCCCCAAACCAAGCCUCAGCACAUAUACGUUCCAAACAAUUACCUAGUACCGACUGAGAAGAAAAGAUCUGCUCUUCGCUGGGGUGUUCGUUGUGACCUUGCAAAUGGUGUCAUGCCCAGGAAGCUCCCUUUCUCUCUCUCUCCUUCUUAAGUCUUUUUUUAAACCUGUCUCCUUUCACAGGAUUGUUUGGGAUAAACUGGUUCUUUAUAUGUCUCCAUUUAUUUAAAUAGAAACAACUAAUUUGAAAGUCCAUAAAACAUAGAGUAGGGACUUCACCCAUCAUUGGUCUUCCACAGGUAUAUAUCAUACUGGUAUCAGACACCACUUAAGUUCUAAAUUACCACUCUCAGAUCCAGCAAUUGCAAGAGAAAUCAAGCCAGAGAAAGAAAGACCUGGUCUUUAUGUUUUGUCAGGCUACAAAGCAGUCAUUUAGCACUAUUCCUGUUCUAUAACCUUUUUACCUUUGGCCAAUGUUACUGUUUUUAUUAGUGUGUUUUUAAAGUUGCUGGGUGUUAAGCUUAUCCAUUAAAGAAUUUUGGAAAUUUUGAA